AACUCCGGCCAUCCAUUUUGCCGCAAACAAACGCAAACCUCAAUUCUCACACAAUCUCAAACCACAGCAUCAAUGGCGGCAAUGGUUUCUUCUCCAUGGGGAAAACCCGGCGCUUGGGCCCUCGAUUCUGAGGAACACGAUGCUCAACUCCUUAAAGAACAGGAACAGCAGAAACAACCUGAACUCAGCCUCGAUUUCCCCUCCCUCAACGACGCCUUAGCCACCAAGCAGAAGAAGAAAGCCCAAACUCUCUCAUUAGCCGAGUUCAACACCUAUGCAACUACCGGUUCGAGAUCUGAGGAUUUUAUUGUUCUACCCACCGGCCCUCGCCAACGGACGGCGGAGGAGCUCGACCGGAACAGGCUCGGUGGUGGGUUCAGGAAUUAUGGUUCGAAUGGUUCGUAUGAAAGGAAUAGUAGGUAUUCUAACGCGGAUGAUUCGUCUAAUUCGAAGUGGGGUUCUUCUAGGGUUUCUGAUGAGAAUCGGAGGAGUAGUAAUAGAGCGGAUUCAAGUAAGGAAUUUACGUCUUCUAGAGCUGACGAGGUUGAUAAUUGGGCUUUAACUAAGAAGCCCAUGGCUGGAAAUGGAUUCGAGAGAAGGGAGAGAGGAUUAGGGUUUUCGGAUUCGCAAUCAUCGAAAGCGGAUGAAUCAGAGAGUUGGGUUUCUAAUAAGAGCAAUAUUCCGUCCGAUGGCAGGAGAUUUGACAGAGAGCGACGAGGAGGGUUCACAGCGAGCGGCGGCGGGGCAGAUUCAGAUAAUUGGGGGAGGAAGAAAGAGGAAGGUAAUGCUGGUGGCGUCAUUAGUAGUCGGCCAAAGCUUAGUCUACAGCCACGUACGUUACCGGUUGUCGAUGGGAAAUCGUCGGAGAUAUCAGCGACAGCAGCGAGGUCCAAGAGUUCCAACCCAUUUGGAGCGGCGAGGCCGAGGGAAGAGGUACUAGCCGAGAAGGGACAUGACUGGAAAAAGCUUGACGAGCAGCUAGAGUCGAAGAUUAAGGAGGUGUCAGUGGAGGAGAAGACAGAAAAAUCUAACCCCAUUUUCUUUAGGAAAAGGAGCUUUGGCAAUGGAAAUAGCCGGGCUGCUGAGGACAGAACAGAGAGGAGCUGGAGAAAACCGGAGUCGCCACCGCCACAGGAGUAUCCGGAAUCUCGUCCCGAAAGUGGAGAGGAAAAUGUAAAUGGAGAUUGCGAAGGCGAACCCGAUCCCGAACGCGACGGGGGCGAGAAUGGAGCUUGACGGAUGUGAUGUGAAACUGAGAGAUUGAAGUUUUGGGGUCGAUGACAACAUUCUCUAAUGUUGUCAUCUUUAUAAUUUUGCCGAUGAGAAACAAUUUUGAUGUGUUCACUAUAAUGUUUGGAGCCAAACUACUACUGUGUUAACAUUAUUGUUCUAAUCUUAAGUCCCAUUUCCUCUGCAGAGUUAUUUAUUAUUGAUAA